AAGUUAUUAACAUUUUGUUAAAAAAAACUUUGGUGUAAACGCAGCUUUAUUUAUCACGUUUCAGCCAGGGUGGGCUAUAUAGCCUAUGGUCCUUUUUUGUGAAAUCUAAAUUAAUAAUUAUGAGAAGCGACUACACUAUUUCUUCAAGGCGGCAGCGGAACUGUGUGUUCCCACAAAUUAGAAAGAUUUGUGUGCACAGGAAGGUUUGUUUAAGAUGGGUUUGGUUGAAUUAACUAUUCUUUUGCAUUGCAGGUUUGCAAGUGUUGGACACUGACAGUUGUCUAAAAAGACUUUGGAAAAAGGCUAGCUAUUGAAGAAAAUUCAAUAAUAAAAUACCUGUUACGUUAGUUUUGUAUCCGUUUCGUCUCUAGUUGAAAAAAGUUAUUCUUUUGUUAAUCUUUCACUUUGCAGUUGUUCAAAAACUUUAGCAGCAGCUAUUGAUUUUGCCUGCUUUUUACUACUGCCAAAACCUGUGUGCGUUAUGUGCAAUUCCAGAUCAAGUAUUAUUAUGUGCUCAAGUGUGUCAUCCAAAAAUAACAAAGGAUCUUCGACGUUCUCUUCAUAUCUGAUCAAUCUAAAAAAUAUAACUCCUCAAAGGGAAAUAUUGGAAAACAAAUUGGAAACGCUGUUAUCUAAAUUGAAGCCAACAAAACUGAUCAACGAAUUCCUUCCUUUGUUGCCAAAUGUUUUGUGGGCCAACGUAAAAAAGAAGCUGGAAAAGAGAAAAUUACCUGUCAAUUAUGCAGGAAAGGUCAUAGUGCAAACAUUGCUCAAGGAAAAAGAUGAUGCAACCUUUGAUAAAAUUGCCAACCGCGCAUUUUUACUGGAUACCGUGUUGAAAAAAACGUUGAAGUGGAAUACUUGGCUCAUGUAUGAUAAAAAAACUUCAAGUACUACAGUUGAUCUUGCAAAAUUGGAGAAACAAGUCUUGCAAUCAAUAAGAAUUAAAAAACUAAAUGCGGAUUUGUACACAAUCGAAAGAGACGACAUUUUCUACUUUAUGGUGAAAAUGAGGAAGUUGAGGAAAAAUAGAGGCGUACAACUUAGUCAACCGUUGAUAUUUGCUGUUUCAAAGGAAAACAUGCCUUAUGUGUUUGUAAUGAAUAGUCUGCCGAAGGAUAAAAUAAAGAUAUUUGUCGCCGGAAAUGGAUAUGACAACUUCAAGUCGGGUGAAUUGAGUGGAAAGUCGGUUGCAGCGCUCAUUUCCAUAUUGAAGCGUAAAUGCGAUCCCAAUGACCUUCCAGUUGAGAUCCCCUUCCAACCUGAAAUAAUAAAAACCUCAUCGUCCGAUAUUUGCCUGCAAAAUAGAGGCCGACUCACUUACGCUUCACAGCACUUCGAUGAAAAUACACCAUGUAUUGAAGAGUUGGUUGUACAUGGUGCCCCAGAAUAUCAAGGCAGAGCAGAUUUCGAAGGUGAAUUUAGAACAUGUAUGAAAAUUAAAAGCAAGAACAUGGCGGACACGAUGAGAUUGUUCGCCCAAAUGGGAAUCAUCCAACCGCCUUUUCCCAACUAUAUCCAGAAAUUCCUCAAGUUAGGAAGAAAUAAUCUAAAAUUAAAGUCAACCCAGUCAGAAUAAUUUGAUGGUAAUAAAAAUACCAUUCCCUAUUUCAUUGUAAUUGACAAGUGAUUCAUUGAAAUACAACAUAGCCUCUGGAAUAUUGGUAGUUUAACCUAUAUCUUACAAUAAGUAGCCUCUGGAAUAUUGGUAGUUUAACCUAUAUCUUACAAUAAGUAAUAAUAUAAUUUUCUGAGUUGUUGAAGUGUUACACUUGUUUCGGCCUUGUUCUUUAAAGCCAAUUUCCCUCUUUUUGACGGAUCCAUGAAGGAAGGGGUGAUUGGAACUGUAAGCUCUUUGCCACUGUUGGCCACCUUAAACUUGUGCUGAGCAGGAUUUAGUCGUCCGAAGCAAAAGACGCCCGUUGUGUUGGAAGUGGCGGUCAUUGAGGAAGUGUAUUUUUGUAAGACUAUAAAAAAUGAUACAAUUUCUUCUCUGGUCUAGACAUUCAUUGCGUUUACUCUUCCUACGUUCAACUAAAUCACCUCUUCUAAAAUCUUUGUAGUCUCGGAUUUUUGGAUUAAAUUUAUAAAUAUCUUUACGUUCCAUCCUCAUUUUUAGCUUAUAACUUGAAACAAUAUCAAACCACAAUACAACUUAUCUAAACACAUUUUUAAUUGAUUGACCUGAUUGUAUUAAUAAAUGUUUGUUGAAGUUUCAUUUUUAUUUUUGUAAGACUAGAAAAAUUUUAAACACUGUUCACUAUUUUAUUGUAAUGGACUAAGUUUCGAAGAUUGAUUUGUAUCUUUAGAAAUGAGUUAGAAAUUAAUUAAUCUUUUGUAAUUUUGUGCAAGCCAUUAUUAAUACUGUAAACUUGGAACACCCAUCACCCCUUCCUUCAUGGAUCCGUCAAAAAGAGGGAAAUUGGCUUUAAAGAGCAAGGCCGAAACAAGUGUAACAUUCCAACAACUCAGUACAUUAUAUUAUUACUUAUUGUAGGAUAAAGGUUAAACUACCAAUAUUCCAGUAAUAUAAUAAUAUUAUAAAGGCUAUGUUUUUGUCUUGUGAUCAAAAUUAAAAUAUUCAGUCGGCCUAUAUAGACUUAAAGUCUUUCAAUAUUUCCUAUUGUAUUAUAUAAUUGCUAUUGUUAUUUCUGUUUUUGUAAGAUAAAGGUUAUACUACCAAUAUUCCAGUAAUAUAAUAAUAUUAUAAAGGCUAUGUUUUUGUCUUGUGAUCAAAAUUAAAAUAUUCAGUCGGCCUAUAUAGACUUAAAGUCUUUCAAUAUUUCCUAUUGUAUUAUAUAAUUGCUAUUGUUAUUUCUGUUUUUAGAAUAUAUACCAAUUUUCAAUACUGUUUGCGUGAUUUUGUAUUGUAAAAUUCCAUAUGCUAGUAAACAAAUUUGACUUACAAUGUUGAGUCAUAGGUGUUUCAAGGCUCUGUUUAUUAUUAUUUAUGUGUUUAGACAAGUUGUAUUGUGGUUUGAUAUUGUUUCAAGUUAUAAGCUAAAAAUGAGGAUGGAACGUAAAGAUAUUUAUAAAUUUAAUCCAAAAAUCCAAGACUACAAAGAUGUUAGAAGAGGUGAUUUAGUUGAAUGUAGGAAGAGUAAACGCAAAGCAUGUCUAGACCAGAGAAGAAAUUGUAUCAUUUUUUAUAGUCUUACAAAAAUACAAAUAAAACUUCAACAAACAUUUAUUAAUACAAUCAGAUCAAUCAAUUAAUUAAAAAUUCGAGGGCCUCUUCCCUCACAUGUUAGGCUUGCCUGUUAGUGUUUAUUAUUAUUUAUGUGUUUAGACAAGUUGUAUUGUGGUUAGAUAUUGUUUCAAGUUAUAAGCUAAAAAUGAGGAUGGAACGUAAAGAUAUUUAUAAAUUUAAUCCAAAAAUCCGAGACUACAAAGAUUUUAGAAGAGGUGAUUUAGUUGAACGUAGGAAGAGUAAACGCAAAGAAUGUCUAGACCAGAGAAGAAAUUGUAUCGAAGAAUGUAAUAAAGAACAAGAUGUGCAAUCUACCAUCUCAAAAGGUAAAGAAAACAGACGUGAUCUACUGAAGAAGUGGAAAGAAGAAUAAAAGCGAGAAAACCAGGAAAAUGUAAAGAAACCGUUCGUUGUGGGGAUUGUGAGACACAAUGCUGGAUCAGCAAUGUUCAAACCUGUUGCCCCCCUCAGGGAGGUGAGAAACCCAACAAAAGUUCAAAUGACGAGGCCUCAGGCCACCACUUCCUCAAUGACCGCCACUUCCAACACAACGGGCGUUUUUUGCUUCGGACGACUAAAUCCUGCUCAGCACAAGUUUAAGGUGGCCAACAGUGGCAAAAAGCUCACAGUUCCAAUCACCCCUUCCUUCAUGGAGCAGUCAAAAAGAGGGAAAUUGGCUUUAAAGAGCAAGGCCGAAACAAGUGUAACACUUCAACAACACAGAAAAUUAUAUAAACUACGAAUAUUCCAGUAAUAUAAUAAUUGAGGCGGUCUACGGAAAAAGGGCACAUAGAGCAAAAUUGUGUUUUGAGAAAAUCGCAUUUAAGAUUUUAGUUUGGAUGGAUCAAUGUAUUUUAUAAUUGAAUUAAACAUUUUGUUAGUACCAAAUAAAAAUUCAUUAAAUUGAUCUCAUGUUGAUCAAGUAUGAUACAUGAUUAUAUUUCUAAUUUAUUCCAAUAAAUAUGUUUGAAAAGUUGCUGUAUGUUCCCUUUUUCCAAAGACAAAUUUAUUCUGUACAAAUUUGGGUUUGAUCGAUUAGAAAACACAUGCUAUUCAAUGCUAAAUGCUGUAUUUCUCUUCAAGUAAAAAGUUUUAUACAUUUAAAAAA